CCGCUUUGCCCUCGCCCGACAUGGCCGCCAUUGCCAUGGCGCCCGACGCCCAUGCCCGUACCCGCACCUAAGAUGGCGGGAGCGGGUCGUGCCGCCCCGCUCGUGUGAAGGGCCGCCUCCCGUACCCGCCCCUCGCGUGGGUGUGCCCCGCUGACACCCCGUGUUCCCCGAGCUGUCAAGGCGAGCCUGGUGAGCCAGUGAGCUGCUGCAGCUUUGUGAGCAAGUGUGAGAGCAGCUGGGACAGGGAAGUUGACCAGCUUGGUUGAAAUCUGUAUUUGCAGAGUACUUGUGUCAUUAAAAAAACCUGACAUAACAGCACUGGAAAGUCUAUAAGAGUCAGAAUGCUGGAGCAAGACGGGAAGGAGGUUGGAUCCCCAGAGCAUAUGCAACUACACUGACCAAGAUACAUCCAUUUCUCUGUCAUCACAGUUAAAGUCUUUCUGAAAUUCCAUCAUCAUUUAACACAUCACCAUGUUGGCUCACACUACUGUUUUUUUAGCCCUACCUAAUGAUUUGCUCAGAGAAGCAAAGGAAGCAUAGAAAAGCUUUGUGUGUGUGCCCAGUACUCUCUAAAGUGAACUAGACUACAGAUUUGUUGUUUUUCCAAUGCAUCAACUUUUGAAGGCAUGAGAGUAUUUAAGUGGAAGAUUUUUCUUAGACCUACAAGAGGUCAGAGCCCAAAUACGUGGACUUGCGUUUUCUGAAGCUCCAGGCACAAAACUACGUAGUUUUUAUAAUGAAAGACAGAAAACUUUAUGUGAGGCAUAUUUCAGGUGACUGUAGUUAAUUAGGUAUUACGGUCACAGGGCUCAAAAGUGUGUGUAGAACAAGGAAGUGGAACAUGGAGAGGAGGAGGACAGGGUGGGGAGGGGAAGUAAACACGUCAGUGGCAGGUCUGGAUCAGUUUGGUAAAAUGUUUGAAUCCUGAACAGCCUGACACAAAUUUUGGUGUAGCUAACGAGCCUCCCCGCUUGACCCGUGAGGAGGUUACUGACUGAGACAGUGAAAGUUUCGUGCUUCCACCUGUGACGCUUUACACGCACAUAAAGAACCAGCUGGUGACUCGUAACAUUGAGUUUCCACUCGAGCUUGUGGGGUCCCGGUGAUCUUCCCCGCCCCAGAGAGAGGCAGGAGGUCCAGAGCAUCCACCAGGUCCCGGCGGGGGAGGGCGAUGCGGAUCCCGGUGGGGCACUCGGCAGAGGGGACAGAGGUUGACACCUGGCAGAGAUUACUCCUGGCUGGGGACGGGCUGCGGGAGCUGCGCUGCCCAUGCGGGAGUCCCGCCGAUGGCGAUGGAGCAUUCGGGGACCGCCGAGCAGGAAUGAGCAGCUCCGGCUGCGCUGCCGUCUCCACCCCGGGCAUCCUCCCGGGGCUCCGGCAACUCGCCUUUUGCUCCUGAACCUGCAUUCACUGGCCGGUCCCGUCCCCGGUUUUCGGUAACCCCCUGCGGCCAUCUCCCCUUCCCCUCCUUUAAGCGUCCCUAUGCCGGCGGAGUCACAUGUUUGGUCUUUGAUGCCUUUAAUCCCACCCUCACCGCGCGAGAGGGAGGAGAGAAAUUCGCGGAAGAGAAGUGAGCCACAAGCCCAGUGCCAAGAUAGCGGCGGGAGCGGAGCUGCGAGCGGGAGGGAGGCGGGAGCGGCGAUGCGAGGCUGCCCUGCGGAUCGGAAAGGGAAGAAGAUGAAAAUGACUGUACCAACAGUUUCUGAAAACAGAGUGGCUUCUGUGAAGUCAGAACCAUCCUAAAGGAUAGAAAACAGCCUGAACAGAAACUCUGAUUUAAAUCCUGCGGAUAAGAUCAAACUUCACCUCUGCAGAAGCUUGGACAACUUGUGCAGGUUUGGCAGCCACUGCCCCGGUGAUAGCUUGCUAUCCAGGGAGGAGCAUGCACUGGAACUGAAGGAUUGAGGGAUGAACAGCACCGGAGUGCCCUCCUUCUGCAGCAGUUAUGUUACACCAAGCCUGGCAGCUCUGUGGGAGGUGGUGCCGCUGGUCCAGCUCUGUUGUCCAUCUUAUCAUGCUGACUGUGAUGACGUUCGGGGUGGUUGCCCCUUUGAUUUGCCACCGGCUCCUCCACUCCUAUUUCUAUUUGCGGCGCUGGCACCUGAACCCCAUGAGCCAGGAGUUCCUGGAGCACAACCAGCAGGAGGGACAGGACGCCCUCCAUUACUUUGAGAAGAUGCAGAUACCAAAUGCCUCUGAGGCCUCUGGCAGUGAUGCCUUCCAGCCCUUGCUGCUGAUCACCAUUAUCACUGUGCAGAGGCGGUAUGAUUUCCACUAUGUCCUACAAGUGGCCUCCCGCUUCCACCGCCUCCUCCAGGAAUGUGGUGCACGCUGCCGGAGCCACCGCGUGCUCCUCUGCAACGUGGAAUCAGACCCCAGUAGCCAUCAGGAUGUCAGAUUGCUGAGCAGCUUCUUUCCUAUGGUCAGUCGUGACAGAACUGGAGAGAACCCUGACCCCAGAGUGAACCAGUUUGAGAAGGAGAAGCAGGACUAUGUCUUCUGCCUUGAGCAGUCCCUGCUAUCAUACAACCCGCAGUACAUCCUUGUAGUGGAAGAUGAUGCUGUGCCAGAGAAGGAGAUAUUCUCUGUCCUGCAGCACCUCUUCUUGGCGCGGUUCUCCAAACCAUACCUCAGAGAUGCUCUUUACUUCAAGCUCUACCAUCCUGAGCGGCUCCAGCACUACUUCAACCCGGAGCCCAUGAGGAUCCUGGAGUGGUUGGGCCUGGGCAUGUUGCUGGGGCCGGUGCUGAGCUGUGUGUACUCAUGGGCACUGGGGCGGCCCAGCCCCAGCUGGCUGCUCGUGCUGUUCUUUGCUCUGUACAGCAUGGCCCUGUCGGAGCUGGUGGGGCGGCACUACCUGCUGGAGCUGCGCCGCCUGCACCCCGCGCUCUACAACGUGGUGCCAGUCACCGAGUGCUGCACCCCAGCUAUGCUAUUCCCAGCUCCCUCUGCCCGGCGUGCCUUAGGUUACCUGCAGGGGCUGCACUGCCGGCAGGGAUUUGCUAAGGACACUGCCCUCUACUCCCUGCUGUGGGCCAAGGGGGAGAACGCCUAUGUGGUGGAACCCAACCUGGUCCGCCAUGUGGGAAUGUAUUCCAGCCUCCGGCUGAACAGCAGCCCGAAGCUGCUGUGAUCUGUGCAUGCCUUUCCAGACACAAAAGCCAGGGAACUUGCCACUGGGCAGAAGGGGAAGUGUGCAACUGGGAUAUUGUGCUGCUUGCACCAGGCUUCCUGUGCCUCCAAAUGGACAAAGAAUAACUCUCUUUAA